AUGCCGGGCCGGCGGCAGGCGGGGCCGGGCUCCCAUCAUGGCGGCGGCGGCGGCUUCCCGGUUCUGGCUCUGGGCUGCCCUGCUUAUCCCUGCGGCUGCAGUCUACGAAGACCAAGUGGGCAAGUUUGAUUGGAGACAGCAGUAUAUUGGGAAGCUCAAAUUCGCCUCCUUGGAAUUUUCCCCUGGAUCCAAGAAGUUGGUUGUGGCCACAGAGAAGAACGUGAUUGCAGCCUUAAAUUCUCGGACUGGGGAGAUCUUGUGGCGCCAUGUUGACAAGGGCACAGCGGAAGGGGCGGUGGACGCCAUGCUGCUGUACGGACAGGAUGCAGUCACUGUGUCCAAUGGUGGCCGGAUCAUGCGUUCCUGGGAGACUAACAUCGGGGGCCUGAACUGGGAGAUUACCUUGGACAGUGGCAGUUUCCAGGCACUUGGGCUGGUAGGCCUGCAGGAGUCAGUGCGGUACGUGGCGGUCCUGAAGAAGACCACUCUUGCCCUCCAUCACCUCUCCAGUGGGCACCUAAAGUGGGUGGAACAUCUCCCAGAAAGUGACAGCAUCCACUACCAGAUGGUGUAUUCCUACGGCUCUGGGAUGGUGUGGGCCCUUGGCAUUGUUCCCUUCAGCCACGUUUACAUUGUCAAGUUUAAUGUGGAAGAUGGAGAGAUUGUGCAGCAGGUCUGGGUUCCAACUCCCUGGCUGCAAAGUCUCACCGGAGCCUGCGGUGUGGUGGAUGAGGCUGUCCUGGUGUGCCCUGACCCGAGCUCACGGUCCCUCCAAACUUUGGCCCUGGAGAUGGAGUGGGAGCUGAGGCAGAUCCCACUGCAGUCUCUCGACUUAGAAUAUGCAAGUGGAUUCCAACCCCGGGUCCUGCCCACACAGCCCAACCCAGUGGAUCCUUCUCGGGCCCAGUUCUUCCUGCAGUUGUCCCCAAGCCACUAUGCUCUCCUGCACUACCAUCACGGGGUCCUGAGUCUGCUCAGAAACCUCCCACAGACUGCCCUAGUGAGCUUUGCCACCACCGGGGAGAAGACAGUGGCUGCAGUCAUGACCUGUCGGAAUGAAGCGCAGAAAUCUAGCAGUUCUGAAGAUGGGUCACUGGGGAGCUUUUCGGAGAAGUCUAGUCCACAGGACACGCUGGCUUGCUUCAACCAGACCUACACCAUCAACCUCUACUUAGUGGAGACAGGUCGGCGGCUGCUCGACACCACAAUCACCUUUAGCCUGGAACAGAACGGCACUCGGCCGGAGCGGCUGUACAUCCAGGUGUUCUUGAAGAAGGACGACUCCGUGGGCUACCGGGCCUUGGUGCAGACAGAGGACCAUCUGCUCCUUUUCCUGCAGCAGCUGGCAGGGAAGGCGGUGCUGUGGAGCCGGGAGGAGUCUCUGGCGGAGGUGGUGUGCCUGGAGAUGGUGGACCUCCCCCUGACUGGGGCGCAGGCUGAGCUGGAAGGAGAAUUUGGCAAGAAGGCAGACGGCUUGCUGGGGAUGUUCCUGAAACGCCUCUCGUCCCAGCUCAUCCUGCUGCAGGCGUGGACUUCCCACCUCUGGAAAAUGUUUUAUGAUGCUCGGAAGCCCCGAAGUCAGAUUAAGAACGAGAUCAGCAUCGACACCCUGGCCAGAGAUGAGUUCAACCUCCAGAAGAUGGUGGUGACGGUCACAGCCUCAGGCAAGCUUUUUGGCAUUGAGAGCAGCUCUGGCACCAUCCUGUGGAAACAGUAUCUCCCCAAUGUCAAGCCAGACUCCUCCUUUAAACUGAUGGUGCAGAGAACCACUGCUCACUUCCCCCACCCCCCACAGUGCACCCUCCUGGUAAAGGACAAGGAGACAGGAAUGAGUUCUCUCUACGUCUUCAAUCCCAUUUUUGGGAAGUGGAGUCAGGUGGCUCCCCCAGUGCUGAAGCGCCCCAUCUUGCAGUCUUUGCUUCUGCCCAUCAUGGAUCAAGACUACGCCAAGGUGCUGCUGUUGAUAGACGAUGAGUACAAGGUCACGGCUUUCCCAGCCACUCGGAAUGUCUUGCGGCAGCUUCAUGAGCUAGCCCCUUCCAUCUUCUUCUACUUGGUGGAUGCAGAACAGGGACGGCUGUGUGGAUAUCGACUUCGGAAGGAUCUCACCACUGAGCUGAGUUGGGAGCUGACCAUUCCCCCGGAAGUACAGCGUAUCGUCACGGUGAAGGGGAAGCGCAGCAGCGAGCACGUUCAUUCCCAGGGCCGUGUGAUGGGGGACCGCAGCGUGCUCUACAAGAGCCUGAACCCCAACCUGCUGGCCGUGGUGACCGAGAGCACAGACGUACACCACGAGCGCACCUUCAUCGGCAUCUUCCUCGUGGACGGUGUCACUGGGCGCAUCGUCCACUCCUCCGUGCAGAGGAAGGCCAAGGGCCCCGUCCACAUCGUGCACUCAGAGAACUGGGUGGUGUACCAGUACUGGAAUACCAAGGCCCGGCGCAACGAGUUGACCGUGCUGGAGCUCUACGAGGGCACUGAGCAAUACAAUGCCACCGCCUUCAGCUCCCUGGACCGUCCUCAGCUGCCCCAGGUCCUCCAGCAGUCCUACAUCUUCCCCUCCUCCAUCAGCGCCAUGGAAGCCACCAUCACGGAGCGGGGCAUCACCAGCCGACACCUGCUGAUUGGACUACCUUCUGGAGCCAUUCUUUCCCUCCCUAAGGCCUUGCUGGAUCCCCGCCGUCCUGAGAUCCCAACAGAACAAAGCAGAGAGGAGAACCUAAUCCCGUAUUCUCCAGAUGUACAGAUACACGCGGAGCGAUUCAUCAACUAUAACCAGACAGUUUCUCGAAUGCGAGGUAUCUACACUGCUCCCUCAGGCCUGGAGUCCACUUGUUUGGUUGUGGCCUAUGGCCUGGACAUUUACCAAACUCGAGUCUACCCGUCCAAACAGUUUGAUGUCCUGAAGGAUGACUAUGACUACGUGCUAAUCAGCAGUGUCCUCUUUGGCCUGGUGUUUGCCACCAUGAUCACUAAGAGACUGGCACAGGUCAAACUCUUGAAUCGUGCCUGGCGGUAAAGGCCCAGGAUCUGCUGCCCGAGAGCGGAGAGCCGAGGGAGCGAGGGUCAGCAAAGCUCCAGCUGCAGUUUGACAGGGUGAUGGAGGGUGUGUGAGCGCUCAUCAGCUAAGAGUUGUGAGGGAGAAGCUGGACUCUCAUGGAGACUCCUUUUGGGAUGUGUCUGGUGGAUGGAGGUUGAACUCUCUCUCAGCUGAGAAUCUCAAAGCAUCUUAAUGGACUUUCCCCUGAAAUUCAAAGGCCAUUGCCCUAUUUCCUCUCUUUGUCCAUCUAUGAAUGUUUUGUGUGUUUUUUAUAAGACCUCCCACAGUUUUCUCUGUUAUGAGGCCUGUUUAAAUUGAUUUUGGUUUGCCUCCUGUUUCCCAGGUUAAAUUAGGAAUCUUUCUGUUUCCCUGCUUCUUGCUUGAGUGGGAAGGGAACUCUUACUGACCACUCCACCUUUACAUGCAUCUGCUGUUUACAUUGGGGAGGAAGGAGGUCCGUCCUUCGCUACAGUUUGAGCACUGAUCCAGCCUCUCGUGGCUUCCUGCACAAUAACUCCUGGUUGAGGAAUCUGUAUGUGGUGUCAGACUUAUUUUAAUGAGCCUCUAGUUCCAUGUUCUCAUUCAGGUUGGGCCACCUAGUCUUCGUUUCAGUUUAUUAAAAGCCAAGUGUGUAAAUAGCAUCUUGGUUUGUGGAUCACUGCCCAGGUCUUUCACCUAAGGCUGUGGUCGGCAAACUGCGGCUCGCGAGCCACAUGCGGCUCUUUGGCCCCUUGAGUGUGGCUCUUCCACAAAAUACCACAGCCUGGGCGAGUCUAUUUUGAAGAGUGGCGUUAGAAGUUUAAGUUUAAAAAAUGUGGCUCUCAAAAGAAAUUUCCAUCGUUGCACUGUUGAUAUUUGGCUCUGUUGACUAACGACUUUGCUGACCACUGACCUAAGGCAUGUGCAAGCUGAGGCCUUUUAAUACUACUGAAUUGUCUGAACCUUGAAGAGAUUUCAGGGGAGGGAGGAGAGAGAACCCGCCUGUUUGCAGUACCUCAUGAUCCCUCAUUUCACCCACAGCCUGGGCUAGCCAUCUGAUAACCUUGUUAGAGAAAGCCGUCCUGUUUAAGAACCUCGUUAUUUAUUUUUUAGUUUUAUAUAAAUUGACACAUGUGGGUCACUAGAUUGCUCUUAAAAUGAGAUUUCAAAUCUUAAUGGAUCUUUAAGAAAUGGAGGGGGAAAAAAGGCAGAGGUAGGAAAUUGGCAUGUUGUGGGUGAGGCAUUGCCGAUUGGCUGGGCUGUUGUCUCUGCUGCAAAAGAAAGAUGUCCUAAAAAUUUUCCCUUGUUCCGGAUUUGGGGAAUAAUGGGGCUAUUCUUUACUGUGAAGAAUGAAAUGUACAGAGUAGACCUCUAGCCCUGUGGGGGGCGAGGUACAUUCAAGCGUCUGAAUAAAGUGAGUGACGAAUGGCACUGUUUAAGUUCUUUUUUGUGUGGUUUAGGAACACUUUGAGGCUACUUUUGUAUUAGAGGGUACAAAAAGCAAUGCAGAAAUGGUUUUUAGAAAACUUUAAAAAAUAUAUAUUUUUUUAUUGAUUUCAGAGAGGAAGGGAGGAGAGAUAGAAACAUCAAUGAUGCAAGAGAAUCAUUGAUCGGCUGCAUCCUGAACGACCCCUACUGGGGAUUGAGCCUGCAACCGGGCAUGUGCCCUGAUCGGGAAUCGAACCUUGACCUCCUGGUUCACAUGCUGAGGCUCCACCAAUGAGCCAAACCGGCCGGGCUUCUCAGUAUUUCUGAACCUUGAGGCAGCACAGUUCUGACCAGCUGUGCUCAGCCUCUAUCUGUGGCUUUUGACUCUUUCUGAUGGGGUUUUCUCCUCCUCCUCUUUUUCCGUGCAUCUGCCCCCUUCUCUUCAUUAACUAGGUUAACUUUGGGGCCACCCGCAAUGAAUGUUUCACUUAAAAGGAGAUUCUUUAGUAUUUUGGAUGUCAUUAUUUUUAUUAGUUUGGUCAACAUACAUGAUAUCUUAGUGUAAAGUUGACAGCUAAAUUCAAUGAUUUUCAGUCCCUGUUGGGAAUAAUGUAUAAAAUGGCUUAUGGCUUUCGUUAAUGUUUCCUUAGCCUUUGACUCUGAACAGUAAUUAGUUAUUGGCGAACGUGCAUGAAGUAAACACAGAAUUAUAGUUUUAAAUUUUGGGGGAGGAGGAGAGGGGUUAAAUAGUAAUGUAUUUUGCCCCACGCACCUUCUUAAAACUGUAGCUUAUUGAUUUAAUGCCACUUUUGCAAGAGGCUGUUAUCUGCUCCCCUUCCACUGCCCCCAACAAUGAAGGGUGAGCAGGCUCAUGUGCAGAUAAUACAGUUUUAUCACUGACCUUCAAUUAUUCAAUUGAUAAGCACCAAAACAAGUUAUAGAGUUAAACUUUUCUGAAACCCAAAUAAUUUUUGUUAGCGUCCCUCCAGGAUUUAUUUUGCUUAGAGUCUACAAUUCUAAAUUGGGAGUCGACUCAUUCUGCCUUUCUCUAUGGAGAAUUCUGGGCCUUGACUACUCUUGUGUGCACUGGAGCAGAUGUGAAACUUUAAUCAUUCCUUUGGCCCUGUGAUUAGCCAUCAAUCUUUGUCAGGCUCUUUCAUUUUAAUGAGAUGAUGUUACUCCUCUUCUCUGUUUUAAAGAGUGUGAAAUUGUAUAGCUCCAUGCUUCUUGAGCACAAACAGAAGAUACGCACCAGGAAGUUUAAUGUAGAUCUCCUUGGCCAGUAUCUCACCUCCUUACAAAAAGCACUUGGUUGAAACAGACACAUAGACACUGAGAGCGGACUGGUGGUUGCCAGAGGGGAGGGAAAUGAAGGUGGGGGAUCUGAGAGAAAGAAGUGAAGCAAUAAGUACAGAUUGGUAGCUACAAAAUAGUCACAGGGAUGUAAAGUACCGCAUACGGGAUAUGGUCUGUAAUAUUGCACUAUCUACAUAUAGUGGCAGUUGGGUACUGGAAAUAUUGAAGGGGAAACACUAUGUAAAGUAUAUGAUUAUCUAAUCACUAUGCUGUACACCUGAAACCAAUCCAAAAUAAUACUGAAAGUAAACUGUAAUUGAAGAAUUAAAAAUAAAAAUGAUUUUAAAAAAAAA